AUUCUAUGGAAAAGUAGGUCUAAUGUUGACGUUAAUAGUUUCGAAAUUUCGAAGACGAGCUCAAAAAAGUGUCGAAAAAAACAUCAAAAAUUUAUUCAAUUAUCUUUUAUAUUAAAUUUUUACAUUAUCUCAGUUAAUUAGCAUAGAUGUCACGUAAAACGAGUAGUGCUACCAGCAGUGCUACGUCUAGAUUAAAGCAAGAUUAUUUGAGAUUGAAAAAAGACCCAGUGCCCUAUGUUAAUGCAGAGCCUUUGCCUUCAGACAUUUUAGAAUGGCAUUACGUUGUAAGUGGGCCGGAAAACACACCUUAUGAGGGAGGAUACUAUCAUGGAAAAUUAGUUUUUCCACGAGAUUUCCCGUUUAAACCACCAGCGAUUUAUAUGAUUACUCCUAAUGGUCGGUUUAAAACCAACAAAAAGCUAUGCUUAAGCAUUUCCGAUUUCCAUCCGGAUACUUGGAAUCCUGCAUGGAGUGUAUCUACAAUUUUAACUGGGCUCUUAAGUUUUAUGCUGGAAAAGAGCCCUACAUUAGGCAGUAUUGAGACUUCUGAUUAUGAUAAACAACAAUUUGCCUAUUUAUCGAUAGAUUUCAAUUUAAAGGAUAGUCAAUUUUGUGAUUUGUUUCCUGAUGUAGUCAGUGAUAUGCAAGCAAAACUCCAGAAAAGAAUAAAAACAGAAGAAAUAACUAGUGAUAACACUAAACAGGAUCAAGUUACUACACCAGGAGGUCAUUUACAGUCAUGUUUAACCAAUUUAUGUGUAAUUAUUGGAUUUGCCGCAUUUGCUUUUACCGUUAAAUAUGUUAUGACCACUACAAUUUCGGAAACAGAGGAAUGACUAAAAUAUUUUUAUGUAUAAACAUUGUAUAUACUAAUUCUUGUUAUAUUUUCUAUUACAAAAACUGUAUUAUUAUGUUAAUUAUAAAUUUAGACAAAGAAUUAAAUUCCAAUCUAAAAAAAUGCUGUAAGGGAAUUUGUAAUAAAGAUUUUUCAUAUUAUUGUUGCGA